UCCACAUCCACUCGCUCACAUGAUCCGCCCGUCUUUCUCACUUCUUCAUCUUCAUCUCACUCGUCGUUGUUGUUGUUGUUGUUCUCUUGAUCUUCAUCUUUCACUCUCCCAAUUCCUUUGUCCUUUCGUCAAUCUCUCCAUUCCUGUGUUUGUCGGUUUUCGAACCUCUGUCCGAUCUUCCCUUUUGUCCUGUCUCUUCCUCCCCCUGUUUUGAUCUUAUCUUUCCUUACUUUCCUUUCCACUGUCCAUUCUCACUCAACUCCAUCGUCCCAUCACUCCUUUGGUAUCUGUCCUCUGUGGAUCGAUUAAACUUCGAGACACCUGGAGCAACGCCUCCUGCUAUUGUCUCCCUUGCGUCGUUUCCCCCCUCCCGAACCUUUUCUCCUCUCUUCCGACCUGUGCCAUCAUCCGCUUUCGACCCUCCCACUCCUUUCAUUAGCCCCCAUCGGCCUCUUUGUCUCAAAUCCGGACUAGGCUAUCGAUUCCUUUACACCGAUUCCCAGCUUGCUCGACUGUUCCGACGCUCAGAUCUUUCCCUCUCGACUCGUCUCGACAAGCCCCAUUGAUCGCAGGAUUGCCCUCAUCGAUACCGUCGAGCACGCUGGCCGAUAUCCUCUUUCCUCGUUUACUGAUGGAGCCCGCUCCAUGCUAGCCUAACCUUCCUUUAACCUUUCCCUUAUCAUCCCUUUCUCCUUUCUUCGCAUCGUCUUCACUCCCUUCACCAUGGGCUUAUCGCCGUCCAACAGCCACCAUCGACGGCGGAGCUCAGUGCUCACCAGCACGGCUGGUUCAUCCCAUGCCGCUGCCCUAGACCAGCGGGACGACCCGUCGAGAUUGACCGGCGAUGGCCUCGGAUACAAGCGGGACGACCUGAAAGUGGGCGAGGAUCCAGACGUGUCGGACCUUUCCUCAAUUGCGGAGAGUGUGGAAAUGGAUCAUAUCAGCUCGGAUGACGACAUUCAAGAUGACGAGGAAACGGGCCUCACGGCGAGACAACGACGCCAGAGACGACGACGGAGACAACAACGCAGGCAGUUGGAUGCUCGGAUUGCCGGGGUCAAGGCGUCGAAGACCGAUGAUCUCGCGGGUCAGAGUGUCACCCAGCGGCUCCUGAUUAAUGCGACGUUGAUCCUGAUGUGGUAUUUCUUUUCGCUGGCGAUCUCGAUUUACAACAAGUGGAUGUUCUCCGAAGAUGACAUCGUCUUUCCCUACCCUCUCUUCACCACGAGUUUGCAUAUGCUGGUUCAGUUCACGCUCGCCUCGACCCUCCUUUGGAUCUUCCCCUCCUUACGGCCAAAGGCUCCCCCUCCGCCCGAUGGCGCGGAACCCGAACCCCUCCUGACCAAGCUCUUCUACUUCACUCGUCUCGUCCCCUGCGGAACGGCCACGUCGCUCGAUAUUGGUCUGGGGAACAUGUCCCUCAAAUUCAUCUCGCUCACCUUUUUGACCAUGUGUAAAUCGUCCGCCCUCGCCUUUGUCCUCAUCUUCGCCUUCCUCUUCCGCCUCGAAACCCCGUCGUUCAAGCUCAUCCUCAUCAUCGCCGCCAUGACCGUCGGCGUCGUCAUGAUGGUCGCCGGCGAGACGGCCUUCAAUACCAUCGGCUUCGUCCUCGUCAUCGCCUCGGCCUUCUUCUCCGGCUUCCGGUGGGGCUUGACACAGAUCCUCCUUCUCCGCCAUCCUGCCACCGGCAAUCCCUUCUCCACCCUCUUCUUCCUCACUCCCGUGAUGUUCCUGUCCCUCAUCGUGAUUGCCACCUCGAUUGAGGGCCCGUCCCAGAUCUUCACCGGCGUGGUGGCCCUCACCGACGAGCACGGGGGUGCCUUCGCGGCGUUCCUCCUCGUCUUCCCGGGCGUGCUCGCCUUCUGCAUGAUCGCGGCCGAGUUUGCCCUUCUGAAACGGUCCUCCGUGGUCACCCUGAGUAUCUGCGGCAUAUUCAAAGAGGUGGUCACCAUCAGUGCGGCCGGUGUCAUCUUCCACGACCAGCUGACGCUGAUCAAUUUGACGGGCUUGUUCGUGACGAUCUGCAGCAUCGGCUGCUACAAUUAUAUGAAAAUCGCCAAGAUGCGCGCCGAUGCCCAAAAGGCCUCGUGGGACCGGACUCCGGAUCUGGACUCGGACUCGGAGGACCUGGGUCCCGUCCGGACCCGGGGUGGAUACCACCAGGUCGCGGACCAGGAGACCACGAUGGUGGAGUCCCCCACGAUCCACGUCGAUGACAAUGUCAAUAUCACGCCCCCGAGCGACUUGCCCAUCAACGGAGGACGGUCGUUCCGGGUUCGCGCCAGCGGGGCGAGCAGUGCUGUCCACGGGCUCAGCAUCAACACCACAAACCUGGAGGAUCCGGAUAAGAUCCAAGUGUCUCGGCCGUCUCCCAUGAAGUCGGCCCCGCCGAUCGUCAUCUCCGCCGACACGCAGUUCCCGCCCCAGGGGACGCGGGGACCCAGCCCGUCCGAGGAUACUCGAUCAUCGCCCGAACGACACCACGCCAGUGAUGGACAAUGAUUGGACCGCUCAGCUACCUUGUCCUCUCUCGUCUCUUGUACUCCGACUGUCGAUGCGUUGCCUCCAUGCCGUUCUCAUCCAGCUCUCCAAUCGCGUCUUAACGCAUACCCAGGCUCUCCGUGAGCCAGGAAGAUCUUCGAGAGCAGCGGCCCGUGAAAGACAACGCCCACGCUGGCAAUGCGAUAUACACGCGUCCUCACAUCUGUUGAUUUAUAUCCACGACUCGGGCCCGCACUUCCCUGGAAGCGCACAGUCCACCGCACAUAUUGGCGCGGCUUCGUAUAGAGUGAUUGUUUCGCGUGAUGUACCAUGUCUACUACUACCCAAGAAAAUAUCUCAUCUCAUCUCAUCUUAUAUAUCUUAGCAUUUGGACUUCCAGCUGAAGUCUGGCAUAUUAUACAGAAUACCCAUUUGCAUUGAA